CAUCAAACGCUUCCCGUAAAACCGCUCAAGAUCGCAACGCAAGAUGCAGCUAUUGCAACAGGUCGUGGGCGCAAAGUCAAACGCUACCCUCACCGACCUCGCGACUGGGUGCGUCGAUGGGGAGCGAUAUGUGGCGUAUGGCAGCGGGGAAAGCUUCGUCAUAUAUACAGCCGAGAAGGAAUAUGUACAGACACUAUCGAGUCCUUCGGGUGGUGGAGCGAUAGCGUGGACGAUUGACUUUGGCCCCGAUGGUCGUAUUGCGGCGGCCUUUGGGAACGAAGUGGUGAUAUUCUUCCCGACUACGAAAGAUCUGAAGUGCCACUGGCUACUACAAACGACGCUCGGAUUAGAGUUUGAGGUCCGGGCGAUUUCAUGGAGUGCGCAAGGCCAAUUGCUUGUGGGCGGUGAUUCUUUGACGAUCUGGAGGGAAGGCGGGGCAGGAGGAGGAGAAGAACCAGCACCAUGGACCAAGGCGUGGGAAUGCAGAACCGCAACGGAGACUUGCAAAGCCAGGUUCUCUCCCGACGGCUUCUUCUUUGCGACCACCAGUGAAAAUGACUCCCUCGUCAAAGUGUGGUGUCCGAUUUCUUCUGUUGACAUACCUGGGUCCACGAGAGCAUACGAUUUCUCGUACUUGGAUCAUCCAAGUCCCGUUGUGCUUUUCGUAUGGCGACGGCCGCAGCUGAAGUCAGGAAACAAAGACGAGAAUGUCUUGAUGACGCUAUCCAAAGACAACGUCACCCGGCUAUGGUGCCUGAGCCGCUUGGAGUACCCGUACCAAUUCCAGCUUGGAGCGGUCAUUGAUCCGAGCGACUUCCCAUUGACUGAGGCCAUAUCGACGGUAAAAGAGCCACACAUCUGCAGCGUUCAUUGGCUUCACGGAGCAGAGAUACAUCAGGCGAUCGCCAAGCGGGAGAAGGCCGAAGCAAGGUUCCUGCGAACUCCGUCAGAGCUCCUGGGCAACUCGGUCUCUAAAACAAAGAAGCUGAAGAGCGCGUUGAGCGAUUACUCCGAUGUGCUUCUCCACAUACAAAGCGAUGGAUCUGCAGUGAUAUGGGGUAUCCAGAAUCUCACAUCUCAUCCGAGAAGAAUCCCGAAAGUGCUUGUUAUCAUGAAGACGGAGCACGCCGUUCCUGUGGAAGACGUGCAGCACUUUGAGGGGCAGAGCCUGGUUUUCUUCCAUGACCGGAGCAUACAACCUUCCACCAUCUUCCAGCCCGCGGAGCUCCAAAUCGUCGUUCAGAGAUCGGACGGAGCGCUGAACAGCUACAUAAUGGACCUGGACGAUUUCUUCACGUCAUCAUGGAUGGUCCCUCGCUUGGCGCAUUACCAUUCUUGGAAUGGACACAGGAAAGCGGUGCACAAGGUCAUACGGCACCCCCGCCUUCCGUAUGUCGCGACGAUAGCGAAAGAUGCGGAAGUUAUGAUCUUUAGGAGUAGCGCUCCUCAGAUGGGACUUCGGACUACGGACGGCCUUUCGUCGAUAGCAACGAUACCUCCGGAGGAGAACGUGGACGCAGACUCUACGUCCGUCGUUUGGCUUCCACAUGGUCUAUUCUUCGUCCUGCAACAGGUUGGGAAGUUGACUGUAUACACAUUGGAAGGCAAUAAAGCGCAAUCUCUGGGCGACCUACCGUCAAAGGAGCUCUCAGAACCACUUGCAUAUGUCCACGCAUAUGUGGAUGCUGAUGCAAAAGCAGGUGAUUCGGACGCCGGGCAGAGCGAUGCCGCUAACGUCUUCCUGGUUGGGAUUGCCAAGCGGACGGGGCAGAUUCAAACAUGGUCUCUACGGUUCGAACGAAACACAUUGCAAUUCACGUCACUCAUUCACAGCAGCGAGUUGAACGCCUCUACGGGUCUCCAACCGUCAGAUAUAUUUCUCACCCUACCGACGGACGAUCUGAGCUUGAGUUUCUACCCUCAUUCGCCAUUGGGAGCUCACAUAUUUCUCACGUACUCCUCUGACAAGCGGGUUCGGUUCUGGCAUUGUGGCAACGGGAGUUUGGCAUCGCUUUUGGAUACAGGCGAUGGAGAUGUUCCUGCUGUGGCGGAUGAGGCCGCGUGGCGUGUUGUCGCGGAGUUUGAUAUCGACGCAGAGAACGUGUCGAAGUUCGAGACGGACGCAUUCGGCAAAAUGGCCAUAGUCAGCAGUUUCGAAAGUGGAAGCGACCUUUCCAUCUGGAGCAACGAAGCCACUGGCCUCGAGAUGAAAAAAGAAUGGUCCACCAAGCUCACCACCCCAAUCGUCGCCCUGGAUUGGUUCAUGUCUUCAGACGGCCAGCACCUUCUCGUCAUCGGAACCGCGAACCGUGUUGCCAUAUACAGCCAAUGUCGUCUGGUCUUCCCCGAGGAUCCCAUAGUAUGGGAAGUCAUCAGCUCGAUCGAUCUCUCAUGGCAGGAGACCACCACUGCGGUGUCAUGGCUGCCGAAUGGAUCUUUGAUGGUUGCUACGACGCUGCAAGUAAGGGUGUAUGAUAAGUGGAUCCAGGCUGAUGAGCAGGCGGGAUUGAUUGCGCAAGAGAAUGCGAGUGAUACACGGCUGGACCAUAUAUUUACGGUGGUUGAUGAUAAGAAUGGGAGGCUUCCGGAUCAUCACCCACAUUUGCUGAUGCAAUAUUUGUUGUGGGGGAAAUUCGAUUUCGUCCGAUAUAGUUUGUCGCUCCUAUAUCAUUUCGUCAAGUUGAUGAGCGAGACUGGCAAAGCCAUAACCGAGACGCCCAUGCCGCUGUGGAAGUUCUUUGCUGAAGAAGACCCAGACAACCGCAGAGAGCGAGACUACGACUCCCUUUUUGGAUUUGAUGAGGACGGCGGCCACAAGGAACCGAAAGUUGGUGAAUUCCCCGACGAAGCUGCCGCAUAUCUGUCCGAGAAGCUCGCAACCGUCUCUCUGCCGAACGUGACUGGCCAUGAACAGAUGCUGCUGUUGGCGGUGAUUGACACGUUUGUUCAGGUCGAAAAGCAGAAGCGGUCUAUGGAUGAGAAUGGCGUUCGCUAUAUGCUGUUUAUGAGGCUGUUCAUGUUUUCGCAAACGUCACUUCCUUCGCAGUCAAAGCGGACGGCUCUGACUUCGAGAGAUAUUGUGUGGGCAUUUUUCAGCGAGUCUCAGGACAGUCUCCUAGAAGUCGUCACCCAAGCCUGCAACAACAAAGUCUUGUGGAGCGACGCGAAAUCUCUCGGAUUAGGCUACUGGCUCCGCAACCCAGAAACCAUGCGGAAAACCAUGGAGACAAUCGCGCGAAACCAGUACAUGGGCAAGGACGACACCCGAAAUCCCGUAGACUGUGCUCUGUUCUACAUUGCGCUGAAGAAGAAGAAUGUACUGCUGGGAUUGUGGAAGCUGGCAAAUUCACACCCGGAACAAGCGGCUAUGUUGAAGUUCCUUGGAAAUGAUUUUGAGGAGGAGAGGUGGAGGAGUGCUGCUAUGAAGAAUGCGUUUGCGUUGCUGGGCAAACAGCGAUAUGAGAACUCCGUCGCGUUCUUUCUCCUUGCGGACAAACUGAAAGACGCCGUUAGCGUCUGUCUGAAGCAGUUGAAUGAUCCACAGCUUGCCAUCAUUCUAUGUCGGCUCUAUGAAGGGGAAGAAAGUAAGACGCUGAAGGAAACACUGUUGACCAGCAUCAUUCCGAGUGCGCUCGAGAAGGGCGAUCGAUGGCUGGCUAGCAUGGGAUUCACGCUUCUGAAGGACAAGGAUGCUGCACUGUUGGCCAUCUUGGAACCCUUAUCAUCCCUUCAAGAAAGGCUGCCGGACCCACCUACCACGGCCCUUAAUCCUCAAUCCUUCCUGGAUCCCACUCUCGUGCUAUUUUACCACCAUCUGCGACGCUCAUAUCGGACCAUGCGCUAUCCACAACCUCGCAUCCCUCGAGACCUGGAAGGAGAGUUCGUGUACCGAAGUGCACAGGCCUACGAGCGGCUGGGUUGCCCUGGCCUCGCGUUGGAUAUCAUUAGGAAAGCCGAUGCACUCAUCGGGCAAUAUAUCGGAGACGAAGCCAUUGUGGAACUCAAAGCGCCGCCUUCUGAUUCGUAUGUUGGCGGGAAUCUGGACUUUGAUGCUUUUGGCAGUGGUUCACAGGCUGCGGCGGUGGAUGCAACGCCCGCGAAGGCUGGUGACUUCGAUUGGGGCGCUCCCGCGUCUUCCACUGCUGAAGAGCCGAAGAGCCGAGCGGCUGACUUUGAUUGGGGCGCACCGGCGGAGACUUCUGCGCAUGAAGAACCAAAAGCGAAGGCAUCUGAUUUCGAUUGGGGUGCUCCUGCUACGCCCAAGAAAGAGGACCCACCCAGUAGAGCUGCUGAUCUUGACUGGGGCGCUCCUGCCUCGCAGCCGUCGACUUCAGAUAGCGCUGGCGGAUACGACUGGGGCGCUCCGGCCUCAUCUCCGAAGAAGCCAACAGCGUCAGAUAGUUUCGAUUGGGGGGCACCAAGUUCACCGCCGCCCGCUAAGGCAGCCGGGGGCCUUGAUUGGGGUGAGCCGGUCGCCAACGCCAACCCCUUGUCCAUAGACGAUGAGUUUGAGGCCUUCAAGAAGAGCAUGGGCGGCGGGUACGGGGACGACGAGGAUCCAGAGGAAGCCGACGAAAAUCUGGACGACGAUCAGGAAGUUCACGCCACGUCUGAAGCUGCUGCGGAUGAAAAUAAAGCUGUAGCGGCCGCUCCGCCUAUGGACGACAAGACUCGGCUCCGCUUCGAGUUGGAGCAACGCAACAUGCGCUUGUACAAAUGGAUCCUCGCCAUGCGCAUAGUCCAGGCAGUGUACAAAUCCGUAACGAUCGUCUCUCGCAAUCGACAUAUCCUCUCUGUUGAAUCGACCUUCCGAGACUACACGAUUUUGCUCGUCAAGGGGAUCCAAACUCUGCUCGAGAUUGUGCAGAUGCCCGUUGAUGUCAUGGACCAAGUUCUAACGUCAAGAUGUCGGGAGAUGGACGCCAUCGUCGCGUAUGGCGCAAUCAUACCUCUCCGCGGCACACUCCAAGACUACGGCUCCAUUGUGGAGCUCUUUCUGCUAGAGAAGAGCAAUGUGGUGGCCAAGCUGGCUUUCGGCGAUGGAUUCAAAGUGGACGCCCGGGUUCCGGGCUUCACAGAGUCCUUGUCAAGGCAACUGCUGUUAUUCUUGACCCGGUGGUUCGAACGCGUGCAAUCGGAAAGCGUCCCGGACAUCAAACGCGAGGCCGUAUCCCAAGCUGCGAUAACAGCAUACCUCACUAUGGCCCUGUGUGCGCUGCGAUCCUCCAAUUAUGCACUGAUGAAUGUCCUAAUGGGCAGCUGCGAUCGCAUUUUCGACGGGAUUUUGUCGAAUAGAGUGAGAGAUCUCGGAUCGGACUUUAUGGACAUUGUGAACAUUCCGGUUCCAAAGCAGUCAGAAUUCGGGGAAGAUGACGAUGGUCUCACGUUGAGACGGGUUGACACCGAUCCCGAUGAAGACGACUUUGAAGGCGACAGUCUCUUAAAGCAGGAGCUGCCCUUGGAUAUCAAUCCGAUCGCGGACUCGCUUAUGGUUGUGCUCUUCUUCCAACACAUUGCUCUGACUUUCCAGGCGUACCUUGCACAGUUGAGGAAAGGGAACAAUACCGCGUCGGAUGAAGAGCAUCGCUUUCUCGUUGAGGGCAUCCUAACGCGGAUGAGCACCGUCUUGUUCGACCUUCAGAGGCCGGUUGCAAAUCGGUGGAAGAAGGGCGGUAUCAAACCUGAAAAAGUACGGAAAUACUUGGAUACCGAUGAAAAGAAGAGGCUAUGGGAUACAAUACGUAAAACCGUCAGUGUCGGCAAGAUGCUUCACUUUGUCAAGCAAGCGCGGGACGAGGAAGUUGCAAAGCCGGCGGAUUCCGCCAAUAAGUUGGAUGACUUCGGUCAAACCCCUGCAGAAGAAACGGAAGCGAAACCAACAACGAGUGAACCCAAGCUCGUUUACCGGACUAAGGACAUUAUCCACACCUUCGCAAUGAAUCCGCUUGACCAUAAUCAAAUGGCAAUAGGAACUCAUCGUGGUAUCCUCGAAGUCGACAUUGCAAAUGCAAGGCAGUUCUUCCAACGCCGGGGCACCUUCACGGAUAUUCAGGCCACGGUUGAUGACAUAUCAUUGCGGGAAACGGCGGCCAGAAAUUCCCUAGAAGGGCCGAGGCUGUCACGCACCGACGACGCAGAUGCUGGCGCUCCUAACCCGAUGAGGCGAGGGUCGAUGGUCAGAAACCUGACAACGUCAAACACCGAUCUGAAUGGGAGCCAGUUACGGCACACCGUACCCGGGGUCUCAUCAUUAGCAUCACAUCCAACGCUCAACUACUAUCUCGCGGGCAUCAGCGAUCCCCCAACAACACCAGCAGUGGUGCAACUGUACCAAUUCGGGCAAGCCAAAGAGUUGGUGACCUACACGAGCGGCACAACCGCCCGUUUCACUCGCACCAGAUUUGACCCCUUCGGUGCGCGCUUUGGAGGAAGUGACUCCAAAGGGGACGUGUACCUUUGGCGAUUCGAUGCUAGCGCCGACGCGUCGACGCCGGCAAUGGUGCUCGGAUGUCACUCGUUGUUCACGAACGAUUUCACGUUCUUGAACUCAAGUACUUUGCUUGCCUCUGCGGGUGUUUCCACCAACAACCAGAACGUGUGCUUGUGGGACACACUUCUACCCGCUUCGAAAGCUCGUGUGGGAGCGUUCACUGUUGCGGAAAGCGGGGCUUACAGCGUGGCGUAUUCGGCACGUCACCAGCUUCUGUUCUCCGGAUCCAAGAAGGGUGACAUAUACAUCUUCGAUAUGCGGCAACGCGCGCUGUUGGACAGUUUCCACGGCCACGACCAUCUCGUCAAAACUCUCUGUAUAGAUGUGGAAAAUGGGAAUCUAGUUUCAGGGUCCAUGGGCGGCCACGUCAAGCUAUGGGAUCUGCAGUCGUUCAAAGAGAAGCACACAUGGAGCGCAAUCCGCGAUAGCCCCACCCCACCUCCAGAGACCUCCCCAACCUCCGAGCGAGCCGGACUCACGCCCUAUGGAAUUAUGCAAGCUGAAGUGGUCGACAACACCAUCUACGCGUGCGGUGCCGACGGAUGUGUACGGACGUAUGAAGCAAAUCCUUGAUGAGACCCCACUAUCUACGCGUUCAAUCCAUCCCGCCCCACCCUCACGCUGUCUCUUUCUGCACCAUCUUCCCGUUCCGGAAAGCGUAUAUCCCUCCAUCUCCAACGUUGUAUUUGUAGUAGUUCUUCGUACCCGCAACAUUGAUCGCCUUCCGAAACGUGAUAUUGAUCCGCGGUAAUGCUGU